AUGUCCUGGUCUCAAAAGAACUUCACCCUACCCGCGCACAGCCGUGGCUCCUACCUCAUCACCGACCAUGUCCUCUCUGAAGUCCCAGAGAUCCGCGACUACAAGGUCGGCAUGCUGAACCUCUUUGUGCAGCACACUAGCUGUGCGCUGUCGCUCAAUGAGAAUUGGGAUGAUGAUGUGCGCGCUGAUAUGAGUGAUGCGCUGGAUCGCAUUGCGCCUACCGACCGCAAAGGCAAUUUGUAUCGUCAUUCUGCUGAGGGGGAUGAUGAUAUGCCGGCUCACAUCAAAUCUGCGCUCAUUGGCGCCUCCGUCAACAUCCCUAUUUCAAAUGGUCGAUUGGCAACCGGUACAUGGCAGGGAAUCUGGUACCUGGAAUUCCGGACCAGUCGACACAGCCGCAAGGUUGUCGCGACGAUCCAGGGCCAGAAGGCAUGA